AUGGGAAACACAACUACGAUACCAGGCUCUAUAAGAAGUGAAUAUGUGACACAACCAGAAAAGUGUGUUGUAUCUUUUGAAACUUCUGAAACUCGUAUAUCAUUCAAAAAGCACAAGACUGUUAAAUUUUCAAAACCACUUCAAUUCUCAAAUGAAGGAAAUGCUGUGACGACGUUAUCCAAAUCAAAGUCAGACACUUCACUUUCUUUAAAAAAUAAGUUAUCGUUCAGAAUAAGACAUUUUUCAAAGCCACGUCUUGGAGAAGUUCAAAAAGACAAAAACGAAAAUUUUUUAUUGACUGAAAUUAACAAAAAGUAUUCAGGCAAUGACGUUUUAUACAAUUUCUUGGUUUCAAAGACAAUGACCGAUGAUCUUCAAGUUGAAUUUGAUUCAGAAGUUUCGGGAUUUGAUUCAAGAGAACUCCGUUCUGUUGUCAGCUGCAAAAACAAACUCAUUUUCAUAUUCAGGGUUAAUGGAGAUAUAUUUGGAUUUUACCAAGAUGAACUUGUUCAACCAUCCAAAACAAAUUCAAUAAAUGCCGAAUCGGAUAAUUUCUUUUUGUUUUCUUUCAAAUUGACGGAUUCUACUCCCUCCGAGUUCUUGAGAAAAACACAAAAUAAAAGUUCCUUUAUACUUUACCCAGACUCCAACAAAAUGAUUAUUUCCGUAUUCUCGGCGUUUUGGAUGGACAAAAAGGGGACCAUCUCUUUCAAUCCUUGUGUUAGAGAUUUCUAUGAUGUCCAAAAUCAAACUUUCAAUCCAUUUGUGGAUUUUGACACAAAAGAUAGACAAUCAUUGAUCUGUUCAAGGCUCAUUGUUUUGAAAGCUUGA